AUGAAGCCGGGUGCUGGACCCGGUUGUCUUCCCUGUCAUAGUCAUGAUCAGCCCAGCUUCCCAGAGCCAGUUACCAUCGUCAGUCGCUGUGCCGUUUUCGAAGACCCCUCGGUGACCAAGGGAGAUCGGUCUGUCGCUCUUCAUCUACUGGUGCUCUGUCAACCUCCACUGGAAGGGGAUAGAGGAGGGGCGAACCAAACUGCCGGGCCCAAGACGCGUCCCCUUCUCGCACCAAACUUGCCUUGGAACCCGCCCGUUGAUGGUCUAUCCUUCCGGAAGGCCUUUCCUCUGCCGCCAGUUCAGAGAGACAUGCAGUUGUCAUUCGACGGGCGACUGGCGGUCUCCAGUAAUUCCACAUUUCCCGUCUUUUGCUCCGUUUAG